AAAAUCCAAAUAAAAAAGUGAAUUUCUUGAGUGGAGAGCUUAUACCAAGUGAGUGGAGAGAAACACCGAACAUGGCUUCCAAAUCUUCAACCUCGCCAGCAUUUCUCUUUUCAAUCAUUUUGGAUCUUGUGGUUGGCAUCAACGGCGGAGGAAUUGCUAUCUAUUGGGGUCAGAACGGCAACGAAGGCACUUUAGCCGAGGCUUGUGCCUCUGGAAAUUACAAGUUUGUGAACCUAGCUUUCCUUAAUGUCUUCGGCAACGGCCAGACUCCUAUGAUCAACCUCGCUGGCCACUGCGAUCCUUCCAGCGGAGGAUGCACCGGCUUGAGCUCCGAGAUCAAGUCUUGCCAAGCUAGGGGAGUCAAGGUGACGCUCUCGAUCGGAGGAGGUGUGGGGAGUUACUAUCUCCCUUCCGCCGAGGAUGCUAGAUACGUCGCAACUUAUCUGUGGGACAACUUCCCGGGAGGCCAGUCCUCAUCUCGACCACUUGGGGAUGCAGUGCUCGACGGCAUUGAUUUCGUCAUCGCAACAGGCACGAAUCAACACUGGGAUGAUCUGGCUAGGUACUUGUCUGCAUAUAGCAUCAGUGGAAAGAAGGUGUACUUGGCUGCAGCCCCUCAAUGUCCUUAUCCGGAUGCUUGGGUUGGAGGUGCCCUUCAAACGGGCUUAUAUUACUACGUCUGGGUCCAAUUUUACGGCAAUCCUCCAUGCGAGUACAGUUCUGGGAACAUGGGUAAUCUCGAAGAUGCAUGGAAUCAAUGGACUUCGAUUCCCGCUGGAGAAAUCUUCUUGGGAUUGCCCGCGUCUGCGGAUGCUAGUAGUGGUUUUAUUCCUGCAUCGAAUCUUACUUCCAUACUGCCCACCGUUAAAGGAUCUGCCAAAUAUGGGGGUGUGAUGCUGUGGUCCAGAUAUUAUGAUGGUCAAACUAGAUAUAUCUCUUCCAUCAAGGGAUCUGUCUGAAGGUGAAUUUUACCUUUAGUACUACCAAUUCAAUAUAUUUGCAUCAGAUCCCCUUUCUUUGGAAUUUUUUUAAGCGGAAAACACUGUACACAUUUAACAACAGGAAACCUUACCAAGGAAAACAAGUCUCUUAUCGCAC